UUCCACACACACAAGCACACAUACGCACGCACAGGAAGUUUUGUCUUGGAGAUGGCAUUGCUGGGAGCAAUGUUCUCGUGAUCUUCAGACCCCGGGUUCUUUUGUAUACAUGUUUAGUUUGCCUUUUCUAAUUGGGUAGGGUAGUGGAGGCAAACCGAAAGUCUUGGGGUGGGGGAAGUGAGUGGAGGCUGCAAACGACUGAGGAGUCGCCGGAGUUGAGGGAUCCACGUUGAAGACUAUUGCCCAGAAGAAAAGAUGUUUGGUUUUCACAAGCCAAAGAUGUACCGAAGUAUAGAGGGCUGCUGUAUUUGCAGAGCUAAGUCCUCCAGUUCUCGAUUCACUGACAGUAAACGCUAUGAAAAGGACUUCCAGAGCUGUUUUGGGUUGCAUGAGACUCGUUCAGGAGACAUCUGUAAUGCCUGUGUCCUGCUUGUGAAAAGAUGGAAGAAAUUGCCAGCAGGAUCAAAAAAAAACUGGAAUCAUGUGGUAGAUGCAAGGGCAGGACCCAGUCUGAAGACAACAUUGAAACCAAAGAAAGUGAAAACUUUAUCUGGAAACAGGAUAAAAAGCAACCAGAUCAGUAAACUACAGAAGGAAUUCAAACGUCACAAUUCUGAUGCUCACAGUACCACCUCAAGUGCCUCCCCAGCUCAGUCUCCUUGUUAUAGUAACCAGUCAGAUGAUGGCUCAGAUACAGAGAUGGCUUCUGGCUCUAACAGAACGCCAGUUUUUUCCUUUUUAGAUCUCACGUACUGGAAAAGACAGAAAAUAUGUUGUGGGAUUAUCUAUAAAGGCCGUUUUGGAGAAGUUCUCAUUGACACACAUCUAUUCAAGCCUUGCUGCAGCAAUAAGAAAGCAGCUGCUGAGAAGCCGGAGGAGCAGGGGCCAGAGCCUCUGCCCAUCUCCACUCAGGAGUGGUGACUGAGGUUUAGGUAGAAGGGGAACAAAAAAACGAUUUAAAUUUUGGAAAGAAAACAAAGCAACAAAACCCUCCUAUUUUUAACUUGGAUACCUGCUAUUCUGCCAAAAGACACUUUCUAGAAUAGUUUUGAAUGAGUUGUUAUUUCUCCUCCAGUUCCACAAACUCUGAAGCCAGUGUCUAGCUUACUAAAAGAAAAAAAGUGUACAUAAUAUUUAAGAUGCUGAGUAUUUCAUAGGAAAGCUGAAUGCUGCUGUAAAGUGCUCUUUAAGUCUUUUUUUUUUUUUUUUUAAUCCCCUUCUAAUGAAUGAAUCUAGGGGAAUUUCAGGGGACAGAGAUGGGAUUUGUUGUAUGAUAAACAUAUGUAGUUUUAGUCUUUCUAUAUUGAGAAGCAGUGGUUGGGGCAUUUUAAAGAUGGCUGGCUAUACUUGUUUUCCUUCAUGAUAAUAAAUUUGUCAUAACUCAGUAACGUGGACUUGCCCCAAGAGGUAGUUGUUAAUAAUUUAAGGUCUUGCCAAGGUUCUGAUGAUUCAAACCUGUACUACUGAAUAUUAAGCAGGACAGACUAAGCUCUCUGGUGCAAAUGCCUUGAAGGAGUAGUUUCUAAACAUACAGAGAGGUAACUUGAGUGUAUAUGUUGCAUCCUCUGUCACCUCCCUCCAUAUUCAUUUUUGAUAAAGAUUUUAAUCUAUAUUGAAACUUCUAAAGCAGAAUCAAAGCUCCUCUGGGGAAAUGUCAAGUUUUAGGAUGAGCAAUCCUAAAUGAAGAGAACCAAAGCAUUACCACAUGGUAGAGAUCACAUUCUAUUAAAAAUGUUAAAUUAUCUUUAAAAAUGUACAAGUCUUCAGGAUGGCACACACAAAAAAACAAAGGUUAAUGCUUCUUGGGGCACAUUUCUUAGAGGGCUUGCUUAGUGUGUAAAUAAUUGACUUUUGUUUGUGUUACAUGACUGGUGACUUCAUUGAAAAUCUGCGCAAUUCAGUUUUAGCUCUGGAUUACUUCAGUUGACCUUUGUGAAGGUUUUGUCUGUGUAGAGUGGUUGUUUGACUGGUUUUAACCUAUUAGGGUUUGGGGUUUUUUUUUUUGUUUUGUUUUUUUUCCACUCUAUAUUAAAGUAAAAUUCUAAAAGAAAAGAGGUGUGUGUUAAUGCUGAGUGGGCUGGUUUAGGUUUGACUUCUUUUAGUCAGGCUUUGUGAACAUUGAGAUGAUAGAUGAUGCAUCCUGAACACGGAGCUCUUCGAUUCCAAAAUCUUCAUUUGAAGCCUUUUUACUUGAACCCAAACCAAAGUACUGUCAUUGCCUCUUUUUUUAAACGUUCAGGAAUAACCUAUCACCGGUUCAGACUUCUCAUAAUUAGGGAGGAUCAUUUGCCUACCUUAUAAUAACAUGACUCAGUGCUUAUUUUUAAAACUGGAUUUUAAAAAUUAGUAUAAAUAACAGUAAGGAGUGAGCCACUUUUUACGGGCACCAUAUAGUUUUAUAAUUCUUAAUCUAAACUUAAAAUUUUAUAUUUCUUCCUUAUGGCAAAAACUACAAGCCACCAUGUGCACAGAUUACACCGUGAGUUGGGUUGGCUCUCCCACAGCCUCUGAGGUGAAUUACAAGAGUCCCAGCCAUUAUCAUCUUCUUCCUGUUGUUUCGAAAUGGUUUUUUUUUUUUUUGUACAUUUUGGCUACAGUAUUGGUGGUAGAAUAUACUAUAAUAUGGAUCAUCUCUACUUCUGUAUUUAUUUAUUUAUUACUAGACCUCAACCACAGCCUUCUUUUUCCCCUUCCACCUCUUUGCCUGUAGGAUGUACUGUAUGUAGUCAUGCACUUUGUAUUAAUAUAUUAGAAAUCUACAGAUCUGUUUUGUACUUUUUAUACUGUUGGAUACUUAUAAUCAAAACUUUUACUAGGGUAUUGAAUAAAUUUAGUCUUACUAGAAAAUAAAAGAAGAUGUUUUGUGGCUUUGUUGAAAAGGUGUUCUUAGGUAAGAAUGUUUUUGACCUUCACAGAUACGCAGUUUUAACCCUUUCGUAUUAUAACAAGCCCUGAGAGAAAAAGGCCUCUUUACCGAGAGAUACUUUAAAAUAAAAGACGUUUUAAUUGACAUGCCCAAUAAUUGACCUAGUAGAUAAGAUGAUUUUAACAAUGAAGGAUAAAGACUCUUCAAUGGUUGGUUGGUUGAUUUCGUUUCUAUUUUAUUUUAACUUAAUUUUAUUACUUUUUAAAUGUUUCCAGUGUUUUAAGGUCUGUGUUGUGGUUUUAUUAUUACUGUCUAUGGGCAUAGUGGGAAUCGUCAUUGAGACUUUAAAGAAAUUAUAAAAAUUGGUUAUAGGGAAAGCUGGAUUUGGGCAUUGGGGUCAGACCUGGUCUCUGAUGUCUGGCUUUGCCCCUUUAUUAGCCAUUUGAGUCUCUUUGCAUUUGUGAGCCUCCAAACUUCUGUAAAAUCAUUUACUUUCCAGAAUUACUUACUUUAUAGAAUUAUGAGGAAUCUAAAGGGAUGUAUGUAAUCCAUAUCAAAGUUUUAAAAACAGAUUGCUUAUUAGUUGGGAAAAGUGGAUCCUGUGGGCCAAACUUUCUGUACUAUCGUUAGGGCUUAAAUUUGCUUUGGGAUCUUGCAGAUGAUUUGCCAGUACCUAAUUUAGUUAACGGUGAAGUUACCAAGUUACCCUGAAGUUAAGCUCAGGUUGUCAGCAGCACCUGUGUCCUGUGGCUUUAGGAUGGAGAGUUCAGAUUCCUUAUUGGCUGUAGGGCCCCUUGGCUCAUUACCACCUGGGUUCUCCUGACUUGGCCGCUUGGUGCAUGGAGCCAGCAGGUCUCCAGAGCCAGUUUGCUGGUGAGUCGGAGUGUCCUCAGGUCCUUCCCACAUUCUAAAGAGGGUUACACAAUGAACACCAUGAGGUGGGGUGUGGGGCCCAUGAGGGACAUCUUAGAGUGUUGCCUGCAACAGCACCUCAUUUUCUUUUCUAACUUGAAAUUGGGCCUCUUUGCCCUACAUUACAAGUGCUUUCUGUAGCAAGUACAAAAAAAAAAAAAAGUUCCCCUACGGUGGGUCAGGCACUUUUAAACAUUGUUUAAACAACUUUGCAAAGUUUAGAAAAAAAACACAAACCUGUUCACAGGUGAGUAAGUAGAGGUGCAAGAAGGUCAUGUAACUUAAAUAAAAUCAACUUUCCUGAUUCCAAAGCCUUUGCUGUCUGAAUCGGCCCCCGUCUCUGCUGUCUUAACCUGCAUUUGGAGGUGGUCACCUUGCUCUCUUGAAGGAUGAAAAUGGGAGGCAAGUUUUACCCUGGCUGAGAGGUUAGCUGUUAACUGUCUAAAUCAGUUGUUCAAGUUUUGUUUCUUAAUUUUGAUGUUGUGCCUAUUAAUACACUGUCUUUUUGUGUAGAAAAUAGUCUUCAGGCAGUUUAGUGAAACAACUGGAUAUUCUAAAAAUAAAUGAAGGUGUCCAAAGCUAACUGCUUGCUCUGCAGGGAAGAAUGGAAGGUACCCAGGGAGCCUCUUGAUCCAUCGUCCCUAUGACAGCUUCCUAAUGUUCCAGAUUUAGCAUCGUGGUACUUCUGGCAGUCAUUUUGUGUGAUGUUCAGUGAACUGGGAAAGGGGGGAAAAAGCCAAAUUGGAUCAAAGAUAAUUUCACAGACUCAUGUUCUCAAAGGGAUCUGAGGGUUCUAACAGUUUCUCGAGCUGUGGAGUUUGGUUACUCAUUGUGAUCAUGAGAAUGCUUUAGGUUUCAGAUAUCUUGCACCCUGGUUAGAAACUGCUUGUUACUGUAUGCUGGGUUAGGGAGUCUUGGACAUACAUAGUUGCAGGCUUUAGUCUGAAAGAGCCUAAUCUUUCAGUUUAGAGAACUGAAGAGAUUUUGGCAAAGCCUGUCCUUUUGUCUCAGUGCUUGAAAGGGGAAAAAUCAUUUACUCCAUUGUAGAACUUCAGUUCUCUAUACUUAACAGCUUACUAGCUUUAACAUUAUCCAUGGUUUUUGCUUCUGCAUUUUUGUAAUGACAAGAAAGAGUGGUGGUUUUUUAAAAAAACGUUUUUUUUAAGUUUAUUUACUCAUUUUGAGAGAGACAUCAUGAGUGAGGGAGGGGCAGGGAGAGAGGAAGAGAGAGAGAGAGAGAGAGAGAGAAUCAAUCCCAAGCAGGCUGCACACUGUCAGGACAGAGCCUGAUGUGGGGCUCGAACUCACAAAACCGUGAGAUUGUGACCUGAGCUGAAACUGAGAGUCAAGUGCUUAACUGACUGAGCCACCCAGGUGCCCCAAGAGUAUUUUUUUUUAAAUAUGAAAUUUAUUUCCAUACAAGGAGUGGUUGUUUUAAAUAUCAAAAAUUAAGUCUCAAAAAUCUCAAGAUUACUCAGCAAGUAAUUGGUAUGAUUAAAAUAGGAGCCUGAACAAUUAUGCAUCCCUCCCCGCCUUUAAGGUAACAAGUGUAUUCUUUACCUACAACUGCCUUUAUAAUCCACUCCAUUGUUGGUUCUGUCCGCACCACUCCAGGGAUCACUGAUGGCUUUCCCAUGGGGAAUUCUCCAAAGCCCUCAUUUUUUUCAUCCAGCCUCUCAACAGCACUUGAUUUAAUGGAUACGUUCUUUUUUGAAACAUUCUUGGCUAACAACUACAGCUUCUACAUUCUCCUACCUCGGAUGCUCAACUGGCCAGGGUCAUCUUCAGCCCUCUUCCCAGACCAUCUCCAUUCCUACAAUCCCAUGCACUAUGUAAAAUAUGCAGGCAUCUUCCAAGUCUAUCUCCAGAGCUUUUUGUCAAUCAGGGUGCUGGCAGGAAAUAGAUGACUUACUGCAAUUGGAUAAUUUAAGGAAACUUUAGUAAAGGGACUUUACAAAACUGUGUGCACAGGGUAAGGAAACCCCAGGGGGGAAUGCAGUUCUUAGGCCCGGUUGCACUGGGACUGGUAAUGGUGCUGUUACCACCUUUAGGUCUGAAAGGUUGAGGGGGAGGAGUGGUAAAUGGAACCAGGAGAUGGGCUGUAUAGAAAGGGUGUGAGGUUGUGGAAGGCACCAGGAAUAAAUACAUAACAGGAGCACAAUACAUAUUUAUUGGUUAUAAUUUUGUAGUUUCAGAAGUCGUUCAUAGAGUUGAGUUUAUGCUAUUGGUCUUGAUGAAUAUCAAGAAUUUAAAAUAUAUUUAAACUUGAAAGGGCCAUACAAGAGGAUAGCCUCUCCCUAGAUCCACCAGUUGUUAACGUUUUACCACAUGUAUUUUAUCUAAUUUGUCUUGCUGAAUCAUUUGAAAGUAAGUUGUGACAAAACGGCACUUCCUCCCUGUAUACUUAUUCAUCUCCUGUAUUCAUCUCCUUGAAAUAAGAAUUUUAUACAUGAAGCCACAAUGCCAUUGCUCCACUGGAGACAAUUAACAAUAAGUGAAUAACAUCUAACAUAGAUUUGUAGGAGAUAAAUUGCCCCUGUUGUUCCAGAA